GCAGAACGUGCACCACUUGUUAGUGACAGUGAAGUCAGAAAGCUGAAGGAGAAGUUUGGCCACAAAAAUCAGUUUAAAGCUACCAAUGCAUCAGCAAGUGUGUGUCGUAAGCCAGCUAAUCUGACAUUUGUAAGUACAUUUCCAUAUACAUAAUUUAUCUUCAAGGGAGAGUGGAAUACAAAAAGAUUUAAAUGUCUGUAAUAUCUGUAUUACAUUGUCUUCCAAUGGCUGUACAUUUAGUUUCACAUUGUUGUUUCAGUGGAUACUUUUAGUCAGAACACCUUGGAUGCAAUGAGUGUGUAGGCUAACAGCAUUUUUCUGUCUCUCACACUAUCUGAGCAUUAUCUUUCUCUACCCUUAAGCCAAAGGAAAUUUAUGCUGGUGAAGAUUCAACAACUGUUGAGGCCCAUGUGAGCGUGCUACAAAGUGAGUAUCGGAAGAUGCAUCCAGACAUGUCCACAGUCAAAGAUCGCAUGGCACGGACAUUCUGUUGGAGGCGACGUGAAAUUGUGGAAGGAAUGCCAGUGGAGGAUGUAAUCAACAAAUACCCUUUUUUAAGGACACCGCCUGGAUUUUUUGAUGAAGUUGACAGAAUUCACCCUUCAACAAAUGGCUUCUAUCAUCGCUUCAAGGAGGGCUUUGCCAGUGUUUUGCCAAAUGUGCUUAAGAUUGCACAGGGAAGAUCUUCACUGGCAAAGCAGUACACUGAUGCAAGACAGGAUUCCCUGGCUGAAGAUCUACCAGGAAUAGACCUGAGGGCUGGGCUCAUCCUGUUGCCGUCCGUCUUCCGAGAAAAGACUGAACACUACAUCACUUUAGGAGAGGGAGACCCUGCUACACCCUAUCCAACCAUUCAAGUGAAGGAUCGUGACUGGAAAAUGGCAAUUACUGGUACAGGAUCAUGUGUGGUGAAAGUUGAUGGAGUCGAAGUGUGUCAGUGCGUACACCUUGAUGAAGCCUUCGCAACAGCUUUCAGUAUGUAUUUUGUUUUCAACAUCGCAUACCCAACACACUUGAAAAACACUGACUUUUCUUCAGCGACGCAUUGUCAGUAUUGUGGAAAAUGGAGACAAGCCCCUGCCAAUAACUGUACUGAGAAUGAUUAACCUUUUGUGCUAGAUCAUAAUGCCUCAACUGCACCAGUGCCCAAAGUGCACUCGAAGGACAUUUACUCUAGUGAAGUUAAUUCAGCAUGUUGGCCUUGUUCAUGCACAUGAACCAAAUUUUAGCAUCACCUGUGGUGUAGGUGAUUGCCAGUAAGCUUUUUCCCAGUUCCAUUCUUUUAGAAAACAUGUGUACAGGAAGCACAGAUGCUGUGUCUUCCGGUCUUCUGAGUCUAACAAUGAUGGUCCGAGUGAUGAGUCCACAGUAGGGCAACAGCCAUUGUACCUGGAUGAACAAGAUUCUGAGACUGAUCUGUGUGCUUCUGAUCCACAAACAGUUGAACCAAAUUUAGAUAAACUACUGGGGGACUUCAGAGAUAAUCUGUUUGGAUUCAUUCUUAAAUGCAGAGAGAAAAAUCUUUUACAUUUGUCAGUUCAACAAGAGAUUACAGAUGAUGUCAAAUUUCUCUUUUGCUUUUUCAAAGAAAACUAUGAUUUGUUUAUCUCUCAUCAUCUUGAAAAGAGUGGUUUUGAUAUUUCAAAGUGCCCUGAACUUAAAUGAUAAAUGAACGGCUCAUUGGGCCUGAUGCCUUCAGUUUUUAGUUUAAGCUCUUAAGGAUUUGAAAACACAUCUACAAGUUGGGUUUUAAUGUUAUCUUCACACAAAAUAUCCUGUUUUGUUGAAGUUCUCUACUAGUUUUUGCAUCCAACAUUUUGUGUGUAAGCCUAAGAAAACUACUUUCUUUGUAUUGUAGCAUGUUAUGAAAUGAAUUUUUUGUUUCAGUAAUGUAGUAAAUUGCUUCCUGAUGCAUGCAGUUAGGCUUCAUGUGAUGUUUUUUUGUAUUGUGCUGGCAUUUAGGAAAUGUUGUAACAAUACAUUC